CCUAAAACGAUCAUUACAGAUCAAGAUGCGGCAAUGGCCAUAGCGAUUUCAAUAGCCUUCCCGACUACAUUUCAUCGACUUUGCAUAUGGCACAUCACAUCAAAGUUCUCUGUUAAGUUACCACGUGACGCUUAUAAUGAGUAUUGGCGUGAAUUUCAGAAAGCCAUAUGGGAUACUGACAAUAAGGAUGAGUUUGAUGCAAAAUGGAAUAUUGUGGUUACAAAGGCUGGUUUGACUGACCAUCCAUGGCUAAGUACAAUGUCUCGACUUGCUUCAGAUGUGGUUGAGGAUGCAUUAAUGAGUGAAGAAGGAUGUGAGGUACUGUCAGAGACUCUAAAAAGUUUGCAGGUGAAGUUGAAGUUGCUGAAGGAUGGACCAAGUAAUAACGAAGUUGGAGGGUCCAGCUCUCAAACACAAUAUAUGAAAGACCCUAAGAGAGUGAGGUGCUAA